AGAUACGGCGUUUUUCUCCGUCCGUCUUUUCUUUGCUUUUUGUUCACGACACGUGGUUCGUUUCUGCUUCUAGCGGUCAACACGCGGAAAAAGUUUACCCGUGAACUUCUCUUUCCGGUUCUUUGAAAUGCGCGGUGCGCUCAAGCCGGUCAGCUUUGCGUUCUUGGCUUCUUGCGAGUCGUAGACGCCGAGAAAAAGGUCCUUACCGUGUUUCCUUUUCCCCUUACCCGCUGGCGUAAACGAAGCGACGGAGUUGCUGCGUUUUCAAUCCGGACGCACUGGCUUUCGUAGUUGUCGGAUUCCCUUUCUUUUUGUCCUUUCUUCGCUUGUUCUGAGCCCGCGUGGUUAAGUCAGCGCCCUGAACCCGGUCUCUCUGCGUUCAGUCUCACCCGAGGAGUGUCCUAUUUUGUGGCCGCGGAUUGGUUUCUGAGUCAGAGAAAUAGCCGACAAAUUGACCCCGUGCACAACUUCGACUCUCGCAGAUCCCUUGGUUUUUCUGCCGUGACUUUGUUCGAUGCACGGACCACUCCCGGUUUCCUCCCCCUUUCCUAACCCCGUCUUUCGCUCCGAUGGUGUCUCCCUCUAAGCGACAAGGCUCUCGCGAGAGUCAAUCUGAGGACGCCCCGACUUCAUGGCUUCCCGUCGCUGUCGGCGCCACUUUGGGUGCCCUCGCUGUGGGGGCCGUCGGCUGGUUUCUCUACCAAGGUUCAGACAGCGAGAGAGAAAGACAAGAGUUUGAACGCAGGAGAGUCGAAAAUGAAGAGCUACAGAGAGAGCGCGAGAAACAGGCCGCGAGUGACCAAGGUGUGGGUGAAGAAAAGGGAUCGCAGGAGACACCAGCGGAGACCAGCAUGGAAGCCAGCACGGCAGACGAAACGCAGGCAGCAGGAGAGGCGAGUCCAGUCAGCAGUGACGGAGGCCAGGGAUCUGGGGACAUGUGAAAGAGAAAGGAAAACUGAAACACACAGACAGCACCACGUUGCAGCUGUUCACUCGCUCAACAGGUCUAAGCGGUGGCGGCAGACACAGUGAGUAGUGUACACGAGCAGGUGGGUGAUCAGAGGGUUGCCUGAAUUCGGUGCGGAGCAGAAUGGAACCGGAUCUUUUCUUUUAAUCCCUUGUUUACGAAUCCUGUCCCAGAGGUGAAUACGCGCAGAUCAAAGGCACUGACCAUAAAAGCCUCUGAAAAGCGGUGUUCUCUCGCGAUGCGUACGAGAGACACCGGCAGUCGCUAUGUUACGCGUUGAACGCAAGAGCUCUGGAGUAACCGUGAUGCUGUAGGA